GCCGGGGCGGGCACCGUGACGGUUGGAACUUGCCGCCGGGCUGGCAGCUCCUACGGUAUGGAGCUGCAGCCCCAAAGAUAACUGGAAACUGAGGCACAGACAGUUUAAGUGACUUACCCAAGGUCACACGGCUUUUUUUCUUAUAAAGCUAAGAAAAUCGCAAGGCACAUGUCAGUGAAUCAGCAAGAUCUAGAUCCAGAUAGUACUACAGAUGUGGAAAAUGUUACAGAUGCUGAAGAAGAACUUAUUAAAGAAUGUGAAGAAAUAUGGAAGGAUAUGGAAGAAUGUCAGAAUAAAUUAUCGCUUGUUGGAACUGAGACACUCACUGAUUCAAAUGCUCAGCUGUCAUUAUUAAUUAUGCAAAUGAAAUAUUUGACUGCUGAACUAAGUCAAUGGCAGAAAGAAACUCCUGAAAUAAUUCCACUGAAUGAAGAAGUUCUGUUAACAUUAGGAAAAGAAGAGUUCCAAAAACUGAGACAUGAUCUUGAAUUGGUACUAUCUACUACUCAAUCAAAGAAUGAAAAGUUAAAGGAAGACUUGGGAAGGGAGCAACAGUGGUUGGAAGAACAGCAACAGAUAUUGGAAUCUCUUAAUGUUCUACACAAUGAAUUGAAAGAGCAGGUUGUGACAUUUUCUGAAUCAAGAGUCUUUAAUGAGCUGAAAACUAAAUUGCAUGAUAUUAAAGAAUAUAAGGAGAAACUCUUGAUUACCUUGGGUGAGUUUCUAGAAGACCAUUUUCCUCUGCCUGAUAGAACUGUUAAAAAGAAAAAGAAAAACAUUCAAGAAUCAACUACACAGCUGAUAACACUGCAUGAAAUGUUAGAGAUUCUUUUAAAUAGAUUAUUUGAUGUUCCACAUGAUCCAUAUGUCAAAAUUAGUGAUUCUUUUUGGCCACCAUAUAUUGAGCUGCUCCUGCGUAAUGGAAUUGCCUUGAGACAUCCAGAAGAUCCAACCCGAAUAAGAUUAGAAGCCUUCCAUCAGUAAAAGAUGGUCUCUUUUUCACACAGUACUCAAAGAAUCUUGUCAUUCAAGGAUAAUGGAAACACUGAGGAUUACUUGGCUAAAGAACAUUAUUUGCAAAUUGAAGCACAUAGUCCAUCUUCCUUUUAUCCUUAAAAUGACACACACUGCCAUUCAUUUAAAAAUGGUCCUUUCAUGUGCAGUUAGUGCUUUGGUGUUUUAAACUAGAUGGACAAGAAUGCAAGUGAAAAGUAUUCUAGACUUAAUCAUUACAAAACAUUUAAUGUAUCUUACUUUUGCAAUAUUCUUUGGCAAAUUCCUUGUUAAUUAAUGAUAUUACUAACGUAACAUUUUCCUUUUAAAAUUUAUGACAGUUUCUUUUAGGCAUUUUGAGUUGUAGUUGGUGCUUUACCUCCUUUAAAUUUAGGAAUUGUAAUGCAAAGGCCAUUUAAUUUGCAGAUGGCUUUAAAAUUGACUUAGUAUCUGAUGUAGAAGGAAGCAUAAUUUUAAAGUAUAUAGUAAAUUGUUCCAUGUGUACUGUCUUAUUUCUAGAUUUGUCAAAAAUUGAAAUAUAAAAAACUAAUGGAUAAAGGUAGCAUGAAAACUAUAUUUUAAAGUAUAUUAUGUAACAAGUGAUAUUAUAUAUUAAACCGCUCUUGACUGUUAAUUAUUACUAACAAAAUUGUGUUCAUAAAAUUUUGUUUAUUCUCUGUGACUUUUCUGUAAAUAAAAUUCUGUCAUCUAAAAAUCUC